GCGAGUGACAGCGACACGGGGGACGGCAAAGAGCCCGCCGCACAUCGAGAAGGCUGCCUCAGAUGGCACGCCGCGGCGCCCACGGGGGUCUUAGCUAACACUCCGGCGGAUUAGGCGCCUGCUAAGUGAACGACGACGACGUCACUCUGGCGCCUGAUCUGCGGCCUUCCGGCGUCUCCCCGUCUCCGGGGCAACCGGGCAAGGCGCCAACCGCGCGAUACUUCCGUCCGCCCGAGAAGUCGGAACAUCCGCGGGGCGGCAUCGCGAUAAGCGGCAAGGCAUAAAGCGGCCCGCCCGGCCCGUGCCCGGCCAUUCCAGUGUCUACCAUGGGCUGUGAGCAGAGCCAGCAGAGCGUCGGACACCCGGCCUUGGAUAAGGACACACUAGGAGCUCAAAUGUUCGUUAAACGAAAUCGCAUCCACCCACAGGACGCGCUCCACACCUGCCUGUUUUGUGAAAAAGAUCGGAUUAACCAGCAGAUGAAGCCCGGACAGGAGCAGAGCCUCCGGCCGGAGACCCCAACACACACGGCUCAGGACGAGGGGGUCAGUGACGAGUCAUCGGUGGAGCUGUCCGACAUGGAUGAGCAGACCGAGCCAGAGGACCAGCUGGACAAGAUGGCGGCCUCCAUCCCCGAGAGACCCUCCAGGGGGCACUGGCCUUUUGACGAGGACCCGUCCUCCGCAGCAGACGAGCUCUCCAGUGACGAGGCGCCCUCUCCAAGUUCACCGGAGGCCGAGGACGACAGAGUGUCACCAAGCACACAGGGCACAGGUGACCAGGAGCCCUCAAAGGGAGAGCAGUGCCAGCAGAACGAGGACCACACUGAGCCCGGGGGGCAGACACAUACGGAUGCCUUUGGGUGCCCGGCGUUACCCCAGAUGGACACGAGCGCCCCGGGUGUCACAUCAGAGGAGGCAGGGUCACCGAGAACGGAGCGCUUUGGAGGUGAGCCGCAGGUCUGGCUGGACGGGCCCACCGUGAAGGAGGAGGAGGAGGAGGACGGUGGCCAGUCAAGACCCUCAGUGGAAGAGGAGGAGAGACAAGGAGGUCCUGAAAAGCACAACUUGAUGAAGAAGGAGGACGAGGCAGAGGAAGAGGAGGUGAAGGGAGCCUCCCCGAGCAGCGAGCAUGACAGAGACGAAGGCCCAGGAGACGAGGAGCACACGUCCUGCACGAGACCCGGGCAGGACGAGGGAGAAGAUGACGACGAGCAGGACGAGAGGUCGCCCAUCGAAGAGGAGCCCACAGCAGAGCCCGAGGCUCAGAAGGACGAGGUGACUGCACUCAGUCCUGAACCGGAGGGACCGGCUGUAGGACAAGCGUCACUGACCGAGGAGCUGUGUCCGGGACCCUCUGCCAGUGAAGAUGCCCACCCUUGGGACCUUUUAGAGGGCCACUCGUCUCCCAAAGAGGACCAAAGCGCAGCCCUGGACACACACGCUGAAGACAGAGGAGAGCGUCCAGCGAGUGACACGGAGAUGGCAGAUGACCCCCUGACGGGAGUCCAAGGCGACCUCCAGGCAUCCUCUGAGCCCAUGGGGCACACUGACCACAGCGAGUCCCCGAGCGAUGAAGACAAAGACGACGAUGACGAGGGUGACCUCCUGCUGGACGAGCAGCCGCCUGCUCCCGGCUCCAGCCAGCAGAGGGAGCCCAGCCGGACGUCGUAUGCGCGCGGCGACUCCACGGAGAUCAGGUCGAGCGCCUCUGCCGGACACCUGGACGAUGAUGACAGCGAGGACGAGGAGGACGAGGAAGAGGAGGACGGCUCGCUGGAGCACAUCGAGCUGCUUAGGAGGAAGAGCGACCGGGGCGACCGGGCGGCCGGCGACGACUGGAAACACAAGCGCGUGCUGGACAUGCAGAGGAAGCUGCGCUUGGAGCGCGAGAGCAACCUGGCCGACCUCAAGAGCCUCGUGCAGAGCUGCAUCCUCAUGAAGAAGAGGCUCUCCAGAAAGAGGGUCUUCAUGGAGGUGGAGCGCGAGACGUGA